ACAGUAGAAUGGAAAAGGAACGCUGUGUGUAAUGAGGUGGAAACUCUUUCUUUCUCUCUCACAUCGAAUUUCCUGCUUAUUGAGUUGUAACUUCUAACAUCAGGAAAAUAAAGCAUUAAUAAUGGCAGUUAUUUUAGGGUGAGGAUUCAGUGGGACUGAAGGUCUGUUAGCUGAGCACACGGAGGAUUGGGCUGAGCUGAGAAACAUGGGGUCUUUCAGAGGUUUUGGGGUAAAUUCAGUCCAUGACAGAAGUCCAGCUAAUUAUCAGUAUGGAUCAUUCUGAGGAAUCAGAUUAUUUCAGGAAUUCUUUCAGUUACGGGGUUUCUGGGUGAAAACACAGUGCAGAUGUGCUUCUGAUUUAUGGACAUAAUUCACUCCAUAAUCCUAAUCGAUGUCGAGUUCAUCCCUGAGGUGUUCAGUGGGGAUGAGGAGGUCAGGGAUCUGUGCAGGACACUGAAGUUCUUCCAUUCCAAACUUCACAUAGCAUGUGUUCAUGGAGCUCGCAGUGUUGAGGAGUCUUAGUUCUAGUGAAGAGGAAUUGUAAUGUUACAGUGAUGUUUAAUAAUCCUGUGGUUUCUGCUUCAGUUUGGGGAUGAAACAAUUGGUUUGAUGGUCAGGGGUGCACAUACUUUUAAUCAUUUAGUGUGCACCACCUCAAUACUGAGUCAUGGAGAUGUUGCGUAAGAACAAGGUGUUUCUCAUCGACACUCUGUCCACCGACUCCAGCAUCGUUUUACAGCACGUCCAGAGCGACAACAUCAUCACUAAGCGUGACUACAACAAUCUCAACCAGCCCAACUACACAGGAGAGAAGAUCAUCAUCAACCUCCUGGAUAAUGUGAUGGGAAAGGGUGAUGAGACGUGUCGGAAACUUCUGAAGCUGUUGGAGAAAGAAGAUCUUCAGGAGAUAUUUCCUCAGCUGAAGGAGCUCUCCAUAACUCAACAAACACCUCAACAAACAUCUCAUCAACCAUCUCAACAAACAUCUCAACAAACAUCUCAGCAACAGUCACUCGAAGGUCGAGUGAAGGACGCUGAGGAGAUUUCUGAAUAUAAAAUGUCCAGUAGACCUCGUGGUGUUUGUCUGAUCAUCAACAAUAUGGACUUUGGUCACCCUGAUAAGUACAGACAUGGAUCUGAUAUGGAUGAAGAGGCUCUUAUAAAGGUGUUUAAAUGGCUGGGUUUCACUCCAGAGGUUUACAGGAACCAAACUGCAGAACAGAUGAAGACCAUCCUGAGUACAAACAGCAGAAAGCAGCAUGAAGGUGACUGUUUCGUGUGCUGCAUCCUCAGCCAUGGCACCACUGAUGGAGUUUAUGGAACAGAUGAAGAGAUUGUUUCAGGAUCUGACAUCUACGAAGUUUUUAACGGAACUUUCUGCCCAAGUCUGAUCAACAAGCCCAAAGUGUUCUUCAUCCAGGCCUGCCGUGGAAUUCAGCACCAGCUGUUAGUUAAAGUCCAGGCUGAUGGCCACAGUACAGAGAAAGCAGGAGGGAAAACCGAAGAGGAAGAAGAAUUAGAAGCAGAUGCUGUGCAGAUCACCAUCCCUGCUGAGGCAGAUUUCCUCGUGGCCAGAUCGACUGUUAAAGGCUUCUACUCGUUUAGAGGCACGUCAGGUUCCUGGUUCAUCCAGUCUCUGUGUGAGCAGCUGAAUAAACACUGUCAAAGGGGUGAAGAUAUCUACUCGAUCCUUCUCAGGGUCAAUGAGGAAGUCAGUAAAAAAGUUGGAGUCCAUGAUCAGUGUAAAGUCAAACAGAUGCCUGUACAGAAGUUCACCCUGAGGAAGAAGCUGGUGUUCCAUGUGCCUCAGUAGAACCUGUGAAUAAUCAACACGGCUUUAAACAACUUACUAACAUCAUCAGGACUCCGUAACUCUAAAGGAAUAAAAACUAAAUACAUGGGAACAAAUAAUCCUUAUUUAUCUGUUAGUAAAGUUAUGUUACAUGUUUUCACAAGCAAAACUGAACAAAACUAUUUUACUGGAUUUAUAAAUAAAAUAAAGUUUUAUAAAAGAGAA